AUAUCCUUCCUUCUGCAGAACGCCGUCGGUUCCUCCGUCAACACCCCGGGCGCGGCAAUGGGUAUUGAUUUGAUCGCAGGAGGUAAGAGCAAGAAGACCAAAAGGACAGCCCCGAAAUCCGACGAUGUCUAUCUCAAGCUUCUUGUCAAGCUUUACCGGUUUUUGGUGAGGAGAACUGGAAGCAACUUCAAUGCGGUUAUACUGAAGAGGCUUUUCAUGAGCAAAGUCAACAAAGCUCCUCUCUCUCUUUCUAGGCUCGUCAGAUUCAUGCAGGGCAAGGAAGACAAGAUUGGUGUGGUUGUUGGGACUGUGACCGAUGACGUGAGAGUAUACGAGGUACCUGCUUUGAAGGUUACCGCUUUGAGGUUUACGGAAACAGCCAGGGCCCGUAUCGAGAAAGCUGGUGGGGAGUGCUUGACCUUUGAUCAGCUCGCUCUCCGAGCUCCUUUGGGCCAAAACACGGUUCUUCUAAGAGGUCCGAAGAAUGCUCGUGAAGCGGUAAAGCACUUUGGUCCAGCGCCGGGUGUGCCACACAGCCAUACGAAGCCAUACGUUCGGUCCAAGGGAAGGAAGUUCGAGAGAGCCAGGGGAAGGAGAAAGAGCCGUGGAUUCAAAGUGUAAGGAGAUUUUUCUGUGUUUGAUCUUUCUGAUUCUGUGGUGUUUUGUCCUAAUCGAAAUUUUGGUCGAGAACCAUUUUUGGGUUCUCUCUCUUUUGCCAGUUUCAGACAUUGAUUUGAUGCUUUCACCCAUUUUACUGUUUCAAAGUUUUCAUCUUUUUUCUUG